AUGUUGGCCACGCGAGCCACAGCCCCCGCCGAGAAGAAACCGCGGGCGAAGAGGACUUCAGCAUCGCUGCCCAAGCAAGCUGCGGGGCACCACCAGGUUGUGUCCACUGCACUGGCGCCUGCGGCUAUCGGCCCGUACUCGCAAGCGGUCGUUGCCACCGGUCCCUUCCUCUUCGUCAGCGGCUGCAUCGGCCUUCACCCCCAGACGAUGGACUUCACGGGCGCCGACGUGAGCACCCAGACCGAGCAAGUGAUGCAGAACAUGGGUGCCAUCUUGGAGGCCGGCGGAUCGUCCUUCGCCGAGGUGGUUAAGUGCACCAUCCUCCUCACCGACAUGCAGCACUUCGCCACCGUCAACGACAUCUACGCCAAGUACUUCCCGAGAGACCCACCGGCUCGGGCCACGUUUGCGACCAACGGUCUCCCCAAGGGCGCGCUGGUGGAGAUUGAGUGUAUCGCCUCACUCGCACAGAAGACGACGAGAACCAGGAAGGCCGGCACCACGUCGGGAAGAGGCAAGGCGAAGCAGGAGCCGUAA